AUGGGUGUGUUAAACACAAACAGACUCGAUGCCUCAAAUGCAUUGCCAGCAUUGGGGUCGCUGGUGAUCCUCGUCCCCUUGCUCGCUAUCAUCUGGCGUGUAUGGAGAGCACUGGCAACACCACUGAGAGAUCUCCCCGGCCCCUUCACGGCCAGAUUCACCAGACUGUGGUAUCUGAAGAACGUGUGGAGGGGGGAUUUCGAGAAAGUCAACGUCCGUCUGCACCAGCGCUAUGGCCCGAUUGUCCGCAUCGCACCCAACGAAUACAGCAUCGACGACGCCGAUGCCAUCAAGAUCAUCUACGGCCACGGCACGAGCUUCACAAAGUCGGAAUGGUACUACGCCGCUGGUAGUCCCAAUAAAAACGUCCACAACCUGUUCACUGACCGCAAUCCGAAACGGCACUCAGAAAACCGAAGGAAGGUCGCCAACCUGUAUUCCAUGACCACCCUCCUGUCACUCGAGGGGUUCGUGACCGAAGCCGCGGGACACAUGGUGUCCAAGUUCGAGGGGUUUGCGAAGACUGGCGUCAAUGUCAAUAUGCAAGAGUGGGCUCAAUACUGGGCCUUCGACGUCAUCGGCCUCAUCACGCUCGCGAAGGAGUUCGGCUUCCUGGACAAGGGCGCGGACCAAGGCGGCCUCCUCGGCGCACUGCACGUGUAUCUGCUGCACUGUGCCAACGUGGGCAUCUACUCGGAAUGGCACCCGCUGGUGACGAAGCUGGAGCAGUUGCUCCCGGGGCCCGGCAUGUCGUACCUGAUCAACUUCACGCAGACGCAGAUCGCCGAACGCGUCAACGCCACCAAAGGUGACAGCCGGGCGUCCAUCACCGGCAACGACUUCCUGACCCGCCUGCUCAAGAUGCAUGCUGAUGCCCCGGAUAAAUUCACCAUGGCGGACGUGAUGGGCGCGGCGCUGACGAAUAUUGGAGCCGGCUCCGAUACGACGUCCAUCAGCUUCAGUGCGAUUAUGUACUAUUUGAUCAAGGCGCCGAAUGUCGUGAAGAAGCUGCGAGCCGAAAUCGACGCCAAGGUGGCUGAGAAAGCCAACGCCGACGACAUCAUCACAUUCUCCGAGGCCAACAACAUGCCAUAUCUACAGGCAUGCAUCAAAGAAGGCCUUCGCAUGCACCCCGCGACAGGGCUGCCGCUUGCUCGCGUCGUCCCGAAUGGAGGAGCCACGAUCUGUGGAAGACACUUCCCUGAAGGCACCGUCGUCGGCGUCAACACGUGGGUCGCGCACCAGAACAAGAGCGUCUUCGGGCAGGACGCCGACGUGUUCCGACCAGAACGCUGGCUGGAGAGUCCCGAGAAAGCAUCCGCGAUGGAGCGGUACUUCAUGGCGUUCGGAUCGGGAUCACGAACCUGUAUCGGCAAGAACAUCAGCCUGCUGGAGAUCUCCAAGAUGCUGCCGGAGAUGGUGCGGCGCUUUGAUUUCGAGCUCGCGGACCCGGACAUGCAGCUGGAGACGCACAAUGCGUGGUUCGUCAAGCAGAAGAAUUUCAUUGUCAAGGUGGCCAAGAGAGCGUGA